AUUCUUCUUCUUUCUUCUUUAUAUUCAGUUCAAGCCUAGAACGCUGGCCUCAAGCCCUGUCAAAUUCCUUCCUCGCUUCACCGUGUCCGCAUACAACUCCUUAAUCAAUACACAAAAAGCGAGACAAACUACCUUCACUCAAAGUUAGCUCCACUUGCAUCUUAAUUGCCGCCACAACAUCUCAGUAGAGUCAUAUCAGCUCAUUACGCCGUUGUGCAGGGAUACAAUCACUCCGGUCGUAUAUUCUUCCCAGAUCAUACCCAUGGAUCUUUCUACACGCCAGCUCACCGAAGAGACCCUUCCCUUCUCUCGUCGGCCUACGACACCCAUUGAGAUUCCAUCUCGACAAAAACAGGCUUUGUCUCCGCAUUUGUCUCCCAUUCAGGAUCAAAUAUCUCCAGAGCUGCUUUUUGAAAUGUCUCCACUUAUCUCUAAUCUUUCUCCAUCUGCAAACUACAUGCUCAGACCUUCCUCUGUGCACAACCACCAGGAUCCAGAACCAUACCUAUACCACUUUCCCGUGUUUUCUCCGCAUCGUUUCAAAUCAAUGCAUCCUUCCCCGUCACCCACUCCUUCUGGAUCUACCUCCACCCGUACUUCCAAGUUUACUUCCGAAACUACGUCUAAACCGGACUCGUGGCCCAAGCCUCCUACGUUCAUUCCGGGUGACAGCGAGAACCAACCAUCUCCCGUGGUAAAAGCGAGCGCAACAUACAAAAUUACAGGGUUCUCUCCCGUGUUCCCGAGCCCAGUCUCUGAGCUCUCUUCUCGUAGGAGACUUGAACGUCUCUCACCCCCCCCGAGAUUGUCUUCGUCAGGGUGCAUCCCGGGACCUCGCGACGCUAUCCUGGAUAAUCCAGAUGCUCUUCAUUCAUCUUCUCCGGGCGCCCUCGACUUUGAUAAAUUUCUGAUCCGCCGCAUCACCAAUAUGCGAAGACCUUUGCUCCUGAGGCCAACCUCCUCCAACCUAAGAGCCCCACUGCGGCACUGAUCUUGAACCUCAUUCGAUCCAUUUUCUCAAACAAACAUGCCUGUGGCGCGCAUACCAGUACACCGCAUCGCCUCAAACCAACUUCUAGCAUUGCUUAUUUGUUUUUCAUCAACAGCAUCAACCAUCAGCCACCA